GGUCGGACACCCUGGAUAUAAUGGCUACUAAUAAACCGAAGGAGGAGGAAGCUGUAGCCAUUGACAGAGCCAGGGAAGCCGUGCUUUGGCCACACAGGUGCAAUGAGCUGUGCCAGGGAGCUUACAAUCCAUAUACAAUCCAUGUGCAUUUAACCCUUAUAUUACCACAGGUGCCAGAGUGCGGGGGAUGGGGGGGCAGCGGGAGAGGAGAGCUCACCUGUCACUCAUACCCUCCCCCCAAUCUCCUUCCCAGUGACAGUGGCAGUUUGUGCUCAGAUCCAGCCCUGAUUGUGCUCUCGCAGCUCCGUCUCUGCCCCCUCCAUCCGCAGCCGAGCUCCACUCUCCUUCCUCCCUCUCUAUUUAUAGGCACCAUGGAUGGAGCUGGGGAUGGAGGCAGGUAGCAGCUCGUGCUCUGCAGAUGUUAAAGCCCCCCGUGCAUCAUGGCUAAAGACAGAGCCUUCACGACGGUCCCUGGGGCCACUUUCACUAAUGCCAAAUCUUCGUCGUUCCAACAUAAAUCCAAGUUGGCGGAGAAGGCAGAAAAGGCCGACAGGAAGCUGAGGCGCCGACAGAGAUACGUGGAGAAGGACGGUCGUUGUAAUGUCCAACAUGGCAACGUGCGAGAAACCUAUCGCUACCUGACGGACAUCUUCACCACCCUGGUGGACCUGAAGUGGAGAGUCAGCCUCUUGGUGUUCAUCCUGGCCUACGCCAUUACCUGGCUGUUCUUUGGAGUCAUCUGGUGGUUCAUCGCCUACUGCCGAGGGGACCUUGACCACCUAGAGGACAGAACAUGGACUCCUUGUGUCAACAACCUCAAUGGCUUUGUCUCUGCCUUUCUCUUCUCUAUCGAGACCGAGACAACCAUUGGCUAUGGGCACAGGGUCAUCACAGACAAGUGCCCGGAAGGCAUCGUUCUUUUGCUCCUCCAGGCCAUCCUGGGCUCCAUGGUCAAUGCCUUCAUGGUGGGUUGUAUGUUUGUAAAGAUCUCCCAGCCCAACAAAAGGGCAGAGACACUGGUCUUCUCCUCUCACGCCGUCAUCUCUCUGAGGGACGACAAGCUCUGCCUCAUGUUCCGGGUUGGAGACCUGCGCAAUUCCCACAUCGUGGAGGCUUCCAUCAGAGCCAAGCUCAUCAAAUCCAAACAGACACAGGAGGGGGAGUUCAUCCCUCUCAAUCAGACAGACAUCAAUGUGGGAUUUGAGACCGGAGAUGACCGUCUCUUCUUGGUCUCGCCCCUCAUCAUCAGCCAUGAAAUCAACGAGCACAGUCCCUUCUGGGAGGUGUCCAAACGGCAACUGGAGAAGGACGAGUUUGAGAUUGUGGUCAUACUGGAAGGCAUGGUGGAGGCUACAGGGAUGACGUGCCAGGCGCGUAGUUCCUACCUGGUAGACGAGGUGCUGUGGGGGCAUCGCUUCAUGUCGGUGCUGACCUUGGAAGACGGAUUCUAUGAGGUGGAUUAUAAUACUUUCCAUCAGACAUUUGAGGUGCCCACCCCUUCCUGUAGCGCCAGAGAACUGGCAGAGGCCGCCGCCAGAAUGGAUGCCCAUUUGUACUGGUCCAUUCCCAGCCAGCUGGACGAGAAAGUGGAGGAAGGAACAGAGAAGGAGAACUUCAUCAAUGAGAUUAAUGGGACUCUGAGCAGCGCGGAGAGUGAGCAAGUCCUCCUGGAGUGAGUGUCUCCCAUUAGUGAGUCCUGCUGGACUAAGUGCACUCCCAUUAGUGAGUCCUGCUGGAGUGAGUGUCUCCCAUUAGUGAGCAAGUCCUGCUGGACUGAGUGCACUCCCAUUAGUGAGUCUUGCUGGAGUGAGUGUCUCCCAUUAGUGAGUCCUGCUGGACUAAGUGCACUCCCAUUAGUGAGUCCUGCUGGAGUGAGUGUCUCCCAUUAGUGAGCAAGUCCUGCUGGACUGAGUGCACUCCCAUUAGUGAGUCCUGCUGAAGUGAGUGUCUCCCAUUAGUGAGCAAGUCCUGCUGGAGUGAGCGUCUCCCAUUAGUGAGCAAGUCCUGCUGGAGUGAGUGCACUUUAUAGUGAGUCCUGCUGGAGUGAGUGCACUCCCAUUAGUGAGUCCUGCUGGAGUGAGUGCACUUUACAGUGAGUCCUGCUCGAGUGAGUGUCUCCCAUUAGUGAGCAGGUACUGCUGGAGUGCCCUCCUCUAGAUAAUGGAGGGAGCUCCCCCCUGUGGAUAAUGGAGGGAGUGCCCCACCGUGGAUACUGGAGGGAGCACCCCCUGUGGAAAAUGGAGAGAGCGCCCACCCAUGAAUAAUACAGGGAGCACCCCCCCAUGGAUAAUGGAGAGAGUGCCCCCCUGUGGGUAAUGGAGAGAGCACCCACCCAUGGAUAAUACAGGGAGCACCCCCCCCCGUGGAUAAUGGAGGGAGUGUCCCCCCUGUGGAUAAUGGAGGGAGCGUCCCCCCUGUGGAUAAUGGAGAGAGCACCCCCCCGUGGAUAAUGGAGAAAGCGCCCCCUUUGGAUACUGGAGGGAGUGCCCCAGGAGACACCCUCAGAGAAAGACCAAUAAAGACUUAUUUUGAAGCUCAA